CUGCUGAGAUUUGUUUUUAGCAUGACAGGGACACAAGUUGUGCGCAAAGAAAAACUAUUUUAACAUUUUUAUAGUUUUUUUUAAUAAUUUGAAAGGGUUCUCGUAAUUAUCGCCUUUCUCAAAAACUAUAGUCUAAAUUGGAGUUGUUGGUGCGAUGCCGGUGCACCGCGACCGAGAGAAGAAGGAGAGUGUAGCAGAGGAGAUGGAGGUAGAAGAACAGGAGCAUGAAGCUUCCAGCUCAGACGAGGAGGAAUCUGACACUUCUUCUGUCUCUGAGGAUGGAGACACUUCUGAAAUGGAUGAGGAAGAUUGUGAACGGAGGAGAACGGAGUGCCUGGAUGAAAUGUCCAACCUGGAGAAACACUUCAACAAUCUGAAGCACCAGUUGUAUCGAGAGCGACUCAGCCAGGUGAACUGCAAGCUGGCGGAGGUCGAGGUCGGACGGGCAGCAGAAUACCUCGAUCCUCUGGCGGUACUGCUGGAGAACAUGCAGGUCCGCACUAAAGUGGCAGGUAUUUACCGGGAGCUGUGUCUGGAUUCUGUGAGGAAUAAGUACGACUGUGAAAUCCAGGCUGCGUGCCAACACUGGGAGAGUGAGAAACUGCUGCUGUUUGAUACAGUGCAGAGCGAGCUGGAGGAGAAAAUCAGGAGACUGGAGGAGGACAGACACAGCAUCGACAUCACAUCAGAGCUGUGGAAUGAUGAGCUGUCUGGGAGGAAGAAAAGGCAAGAUGCUUUAAGUCCAGAUAAGAAGAGGAGGCGACCUUCUGUGGUUUCUGGUCCAUAUAUUGUCUAUAUGCUGCCAGAUUUGGACAUCCUAGAGGACUGGACAGCUAUCAGAAAGUCUGUUGCUACGUUGGGCCCUCACAGGGUGAAGGUUGACACGGACAGCUGCUUGUUCCCCUUCCGAUCUGACAAAAAUAGGCCGAUUCUCAACUGCUGAGGAGCCCAUACGCAUGUUUAAAAGCACAUAAGGACUUCAGCGUACAAGCAGAGGUACGAGGGACACUAAUCUGAACGUUUCUACUCCCCAAAAUCUGGUGGCAAUUAAAGCUUCAUAUUUUAAGCUGCCAGUAAUGCAGGUUUUUCUGCGCAAUAAAAAAAACCUCCAACAUUAAUGAUCCUUUCAGACAGAUGUGGCUGCUUUGGUUUAGACUCAGGCUUUUACAGAUGUAAACGGCAUCUUCAUUUGUCUGAUUUUGUAAAAAAACAACAUGAAACUCAAAGCAAUCACUAAGCAGGUCGUAGAGUUGGUUUAAACUUCUUCACAGUUAAAGCAGUACAAACGGUUCUCCCACUCAAGCUACUUGGCUUGAGUCAAUUAUUUUCUAAGAAACUGUCCUUCAAAAGAGGAAUAAUAAUGAGUGAAUAGUUACAGUGUUUAUGUCUUGAAUGUGCAUCCAGUUGGAUUUUAAACACCCUCAAAUUGCAGUACUUAAUUUUCUAGAAAACUAAUUUUAGAUGAGGAUGCCAUUGUCUUUUUACAUAUUAAGUGAAGAGUAAAAAAAAAUAUUUUUGGUCUAUCAAUUGGAGAAUUAUUAAUGUUCUCUGGCUUAGCUUGGAAGCUUUUCUGUGUCAUUAUUUCUGAUGUUCUUAAUCAUAUGACCCAUGAUUACAUGUAUGAUGUUUUAGUUUAUCUUCAAAAAGCUUUUAGUUUACCAGGGAAUAACAGUUAUAAUUAAAACAUCUGGGCUUUUUUCCAGUGCUUCAGAGCAUAUUGCAGUGCACAAUGUUGCCUCCUACCUCUUUUUGUUUUUACCAAUAUUUUCAUAUGAUUAGAAAUGUUGGGCUCCUUUAUUUUUGACAUCCUUCAAGUUUCCAUCUGAUCAGCAAUAAGAACAGUAUUUUGUGUUUUUUUGGCAGAUCGGUUCUUGUCAGGUGCAGUUGUGUCUUUCCUGUUAAUCCUGUUCAUGGGUUUUACAAAUAAAGGUUUUUAUAAGUUUA